ACUUCAUGUUUCCGGAUGGUGACGAAUAGGUGACGUUAUUGCCUUGCGUCCUUGCUCAACUGGAAGACAGACUGACUGACCGUUAAUGAAAACAUGGCGAACAGAGACGACGAAUAUGAUUUCCUAUUUAAAGUUGUGCUAAUUGGAGACUCCGGAGUGGGCAAGAGCAACUUGUUGUCACGCUUCACUAGAAAUGAGUUCAACCUGGAGAGCAAGAGCACCAUCGGGGUGGAGUUCGCCACCCGCAGCCUGCAGGUGGACGGCAAGACCAUCAAGGCUCAGAUUUGGGACACGGCCGGACAGGAACGCUACCGAGCCAUCACCUCGGCGUACUACCGGGGAGCGGUGGGCGCUCUACUGGUGUACGACAUCGCCAAGCACCUGACCUACGAGAACGUGGAGCGCUGGCUGAAGGAGCUGAGGGACCACGCUGACAACAACAUUGUCAUCAUGCUGGUGGGGAACAAGAGCGACCUGCGACACCUCAGGGCCGUGCCCACCGAUGAAGCGCGGGCCUUCGCUGAAAAGAACACACUGUCGUUUAUUGAGACAUCAGCGCUGGACUCCACAAAUGUAGAAGAGGCCUUCAAGAACAUAUUAACAGAAAUCUACCGCAUCGUCUCCCAGAAGCAGAUGGCCGAGCGGUGCGCACACGAUGAGUCGCCGGGCAACAACGUGGUGGACAUCAGCGUGCCGCCCACCAGCGACGGCCACAAGGGGCCCAGAGUGCAGUGCUGCCAGAACCUGUGACCUUUAUCAUCGCCGACCUUCAUCCUCAUCCUCCACACUUAGGUCUCUUGGGACGAGCACUUUUUUUCCCCCCCUCCUGUCAUCGAUGAUACGCGUUGAAUGUUGACUGAACCGCCAUCAUGGAGCAUUUCAGCGCAGACCAAACAGUCUAAAUGCAGUCAAGCAGUAUUAGUGACUCCCCCAUGCCUCUUUUUGCAUCAUGCCAAAUAUAUUUAUAAAGUAUUGUCAUUAUGUAUUUAUUGAGCACUCAUUGCUUAUAGUCGCCACUUUUGUUGUUGAAGUUUUCAAAACAGAUUGUUUACAAUAAAAUGAUCAAAAUCCAAA